AUGGAAAACUCAUCACCAUGUGCAACGCCUAUGACUCUGGCACCCAAACUAGCUGAAGAUGGUGAGCCAUUGGCUAAUGCUAUCAUGCCAGAACUAGCCUUUAGCGUUCGGAAGGUGGCCCAAUUUAUGCAUGCACCCUGUGCAAGUCAUCUCUUAGCUGUAAAACGAAUCUUGAGGUAUCUUGCAGUAACUCUUGAGUAUGGAUUAAUGUUUCUGCCAUCCAAGGCGCGGUAUGUUGUUUCUGUAUUUGUUGAUGCUGACUGGGGUGCCAAUGUUUCUGACCGUCGCUCAAUUUCAGGUUUUGGUGUGUUCCUUGACAACCACCUGGUUGCAUGGAGUUCCAAGAAACAAAAAAUUGUGUCACGUUCUACCAUGGAGGCUGAGUAUAAAAGUUUAGCUGAUACUACAGCUGAAGUCACUUGGGUAAGUACACUAAUCAGUGAACUUGGGUUGAAGUAA